GCGAGCCCAGUUGGUGGAGCAGCAGCGAUGCCUGGAGCAGCAGACGGAGAUGCGGGUUCAGCUUCUCCAGGACCUGCAGGACUUCUUCAGGAAGAAGGCCGAGAUCGAGACGGAGUACUCCAGAAACCUGGAGAAGCUCGCCGAGAGGUUCAUGGCCAAAACACGGAGCACGAAAGACCAUCAGCAAUACAAAAAAGAUCAGAACCUGCUCUCUCCGGUCAACUGCUGGUACCUGCUCUUAAACCAGGUGAGGAGGGAGAGUAAGGACCACGCCACCCUCAGUGACCUCUACCUGAACAACGUCAUCACCCGCCUCACACACAUCAGCGAGGACUCCGCCCGCCUCCUCAAGAGGAGCAAAGAAAUCAUCUUUCAGCUUCAGGAGGAUCUCAUGAAGCUCCUGAACGAGCUUUACACCGUGAUGAAGACAUAUCACAUGUACCACGUCGAGACGAUCAGCGCGGAAACCAAACUGCGGGACGCGGAGCGCCAGGAGGGCCGCGUGAAGGGCGUGUCAGGGACCGGUGGAGGGUUGGAGCCGGUGUUCGGCCUGCGGAUAGAAGAGCGCCACCAGAGACGCAACACGGCACGCAAGAUGGAGAAGAUGAGGGAGAAGAGGAAGGCUAAGUACUCUGAGAACAAGCUGAAGACUCUUAAAGCCAGGAACGAGUAUCUGCUGACGAUGGAGGCCACCAACGCCUCCGUCUUUAAAUACUACAUCCACGACCUGCCUGACAUCAUAGACUGCUGUGACCUAGGGUACCACUCCAGUCUGAGCCGGGCUCUGAGGACCUACCUAUCAGCCGAACUUAGCCUUGAAGCCUCCAGGAGGGCGGGCCUGGAGGUGCUGGAGGGGGCCGUGGAGGGCCUGGACCCCGCCCGAGACAGGCAGCGUCUGCUGGGUCUUUACCCCACCGCCUUCUGCCCCCCGCAGCGCUUUGGAUUCCAGGCCCACAUGGGGGACAAUGUGAACCAGAUCGCGUCCCAGCCACAGGUCCAGGCCGAGCUGACCCUCCGUCUCACACAGCUCCAGACCCGCCUGGCGUCUCUGAAGAUCGAGAACGAAGAGGUGAAGAAGACCUGGGGCGCGACUCUCACCACCCUGCAGGACAUGACGGUGCUGGACGACUACGACGUCUCCCAGAGCUUCACCCACAGCCCGUCCUCCGAGUCGGUGAAGUCCAGCGUGUCGGACGGCUACUUGAACAAACCCAGUCUGGCUAAACGCCGGGCCAACCAGCAGGAGACGGAGCUCUUCUACUUCACGAAAUUCCGCGAGUAUCUGGAGGGGAGUAAUCUGAUCUCCAAACUGCAGGCCAAACACGACAUCCUGAAGAAAGCCUUAGCCGAGGGAUAUAAAGCUGACCUCCUGACCACCAGUCGUGGGCGGAAGAACUCCCACAGCAAGCACCAGGAUUCAACCAAAGCCAUACCUUUACUUGUGGAGAGCUGCAUCCGCUACAUCAACCUCCACGGGCUUCAGCAUCAAGGGAUCUUUCGUGUGUCGGGUUCUCAGGUCGAGGUCAACGACAUCAAGAACUCCUUUGAGAGAGGUAACGACCCGCUGAUCGACGAGGAGAGCAACCACGACAUCAACUCUGUGGCCGGAGUGUUGAAGCUUUACUUCAGGGGUUUGGAAAACCCGCUGUUCCCCAAGGACCGCUUCAAUGACCUCAUCUCCUGCGUCCGUAUUGAGAACAUGUACGAGAGGGCGCAGUGCAUCAGGAAGAUCCUGCUGGGAGUCCCGAGGGCGACGCUGGUGGUGAUGCGUUACCUGUUCGCCUUCCUCAACCAUCUCUCUCAGUACAGCGAUGAAAACAUGAUGGAUGCUGGGAACCUGGCCAUCGUGUACGGCCCCACCCUCCUGCCCACGCCCGAGACCCUGGACCAGGUGGCGUGUCAGGCGCACGUGAACGAGGUCAUCAAAACGGUCAUCCUGAACCACGACAACAUCUUCCCCGACACCAAGGAGCUGCCGGGACCGGUGUAUGAGAAGUGCAUGACUGGAGACCAGUACUGCGAGAGUCCGUUCAGCGAGCCGGGGGCGCUGGAGGAGGCCGAGCCCGACGGCGGCACCGAGACCCAGACCAGCGACGAGGAGGGUGAGGCUGUGGAGGCGGUGGCGAGGUUCGACUACGUGGGCCGGUCGGGUCGCGAGCUCUCCUUCAAGAAGGGAGCGUCCCUGCAGCUCUACCAGCGCGCGUCACAUGACUGGUGGGAGGGGCGGCUCAACGGAAACCACGGCCUGGUGCCUCACCAGUACAUCGUGGUGAAGGACAGGGCCGACGCCAUGUCGGACACGCUCAGCACCAAGGCGGACAGCGACGGAGGAAGCAGCAGCACCGACGACAAGCGGUCGAGGAGCGAGCUGAGCUCCCCGACUGACAUCAGACCUCCAGAGACCUACAACAGGUCCGUCCUCCACAGGAGGAAGAGAACUGACGGUUUGUUCCGCCGCCCCCUCGGCCGCUCCAACGACAGCCACUGCCACGGUAACGGGGGGAUGAUGGAGCGGAGUUCCCCGCCGGUGACGGGUCACUUCAGUCCCAGGGAGCUGCUGCUGGGACGAGGGCAGGGCAUGACUCCGCCCCUCGACAGCCCGGAGCGCCGCCGCCGCUCUGCCGCCGCCGUGACCAUGACGGUGAGCCGACAUGAUUCGCUGAGGAGGCCGGAGGACACGCCCAUCCGGCGCUCGUGCAGCGGGCAGCACGGCUUCGGAGACUCUCACCGGUCCAGAGGGAUGGAUCCUGAUACACUGGCGCAGGACAUCGAGGAGACGGUGACGGUGGCGCUCGGCGAGCUCCGUCAGCUGGAGCGGCAGGGCUGCAGACCGGCUCCCGACGUGGUCCUGGACACCCUGGAGCAGGUGAAGAACGGCCCCAUCACCACCUGCUCCUCCGAGUCCCCGUCCCCCCACAGCACCCCCAGCACGCCGGGGACACCCGGCACCCCUGGCACCCCUGGGACUCCCGGCACUCCCGGUACACCUGGCACCCCGAGCCCUCUGAGUCCUCUGAGCCCCCUCAGCCCGCUCCCCGGACCUCCACCUGGACCUCCGAGGCCGAGCAACCCUUCCCCUGACACCCUGGGCUCCUUCAAACCUGUCGCGGCCGCCCGUAUCGGCGUCCCCUUGAGGCCUCCUGCUCUGCGCCCCAAACCUGUGGUCCCGCCUAAGAGCAGCACCCCACCUCUUCCCUCGCCGCUGGACAAAUCCUGCACCAUGUGAGCCAAACCAGGCCGACCGUUAAAGGCCGAAUCAGGCCUACCCGGGCCAAAACUGGGCCAGAAGAGGAGAUCAGGGUACUGCUUAGUGUUUCUAAUCAAAACAUAUGAGGGUAGAAAAGGUAGGAAGGACGAGAAGGGUUUUAAUGUAGUAAUAACUCUAAUAUAUGACAUGACCUAUGAUAUGAUAUGCCAUGAUAUUUAUGUGUCGUCAGGUUGGUGUGUACUCUCUUGGUGUGUAGGAGUUUACUUUCUCCAUGUAUCGAAGCAUUUAUUAAAGGAUAGCUAAAAGAAGGGACGAUGAAGAGACACGGGAGCCGGCGUGGGCCGAGCUUCCUGACAUGUAUAUGAAGAAAGAAAGAAACGUGGGGAGUGUAGUUCAGCUCCAGUUAAAAUGUAGUUCUAAGUGACGUGAAUGUUGGCUGUACUGUCAUGACGGUAGAAGAAGAAGAAGAAGAAGAAGAAGAAGAAGAAGAAGAAGAAGAGUCUGUGGAGGGGUUUUUAGAGACUAUCACGAUCGGCUGCUGUAUCUGUGACGAGAGACUCCAUGAGGAAGGAAGAGAGGACACAAAAAACAACGUCUCAAUGAUAUCUGUGUGACUGAUUCUGAUUUAUUUUUCUAUUCUGUUUCAGCUGCUAAGCUCACUUGUACACCUCAAACCACGAAACGCCUCCUGAGGUCGUCAGUGACACCAAACUCACAUUAUUUAAACCUUGAAUGUUUCCAGUAUUUAAACGACUGUUCAGCCAUCUUAUUGAAUGUUCAGCGGGCCGCUCGUUCGGCGGCUCGCUCGACUUUUUUAACAGCCUUUCUUGUGUUUUAUCUGAGAAAAAACCUGCGCCCCCAGAUGGAGCUUCAAACAGGGUGAGUUAGGAGGUGGAGAGAGGGCUUGGACAGAACUUUUCUGGGAUGGUAGGUGUAUGAUUUUGUUCCUGUGUGUGUGUGUGUGUGUGUGUGAGAGGAGUGUGUGUGUCCUGCUUGCCUGCCCUUGUUCUGCUCUCUUGUAAGUGCAGAAGUACUAGAAUAGUGAUAGAUGAUAGAUUAUUCAUGCCUGCCUUGAGUGCCAGAACACGCAAAUGCAAGUUUGGAGGGACAAACGAGUGCAAAAAGCAUGCCACUUUCUAUGUGUGUGUGUGUGUGUGUGUGUGUGUGUGUUGGGAUAAUAGUUUACCUGCUUGUGAAGUCACUGAAGUCACUACUUAACCUUAAAUUCACAAUAAGCUAACAGGGUGGGGCUUUGUGUGUAAACGCCCAAAAAAAGAGUCAAACACUUGAACAGCACACUGAAUGUGGCCUCCGCCGGGCUGGUAACUGACGUGAGUGUGAUCCAAAUGAGACACGACGUGCAGAGACGGGUGCACAUCUGUGUGUGUGUGUGUGUGUGUGUGUGUGUGUGUGUGUGUAUGUGAAAGUGCCUUUUUUUUAAUCCUUGUCUUUUUUGGGGGAAGUUGUGAAUCCACUCACGCAUGUCCUGAAACGAAGAGCAGCAGCACUCUGAAUGAAAUAAUCAUAAAGUGUUUAGUAGAUUAACUGAAUUAUGAAUUCUAGCAUUAACCCAUUGUGACAUUGCACUUUGAUGUAUAGGAUCGUGUACUUGGCAUGUAGCAUCAUAACAUGUUGGUGCAUUUUAACUCAACAAGGGAGGUUUCUUUGAAUGUGUUUCAUAAUAAAGGAAAUGGUUUUUUGUCCGUUAGUGUUGCCGUAUUUGAAAAACUGAGCGUCCUGAAGACGAGCUCCUCGUAUAGCCAAAUGGAUUGUAUCAAUGUGUUGUAUUUAUAUUAUAAAUAAAUCGGAUUAAAUUAGAAACAAAGUCAUUAACUGAUGGAACCUUUCUCUAAAUGAAAUGUCGCUAAAUGUUUGAUUUGAACACUCAAUAAACCUCCAGGUGUGUUCUGUGAAA